CAGGAGCAGGUCUCUGCUGCUGGGUUGAUCGAGGGAUGGAAUAAUAACGAGUUGGACUGGUUGGCCAAAAGAGUUCUUCGGCAUCUUCGACUUCAACAGCUUCCAAUUUCCAAUGAUCCAGCUUCAUUUUCACAGCCCUUCAGUGUACCGAAAACUUCCCGCUUAUCAUAAGUAAACCAAAGUAGAAAUUCUAAUUCUCACCGCCAGAUGCCAUUCAAUUCAACAACAAAACUGGUGGUUCGAAGAGCAGACAGUCGAAACAUAAAAAAUUGCAUUUUUAAGUAAUUUAAAGUUAAAUAGAAAAUUUUCUUUUAGUUAAAAGAAUUAUCACGUUUCAAAUGAGUAAGCCUAGUUCCUCUAAAGGGGCUUCAAAACCUCCGGCAACAAAGAAACCUAAAUUGGAACCCUCUGAUGAUGAGGACAGUUCAGCAUCGUUGGUUACUGAUUCAGAGUUUCUGGCCAAUAUUCAUUUAAAAAGGAAAAAAUGUGCUGAUAAUAUUCUCGAAUUCAAGUUCAACAAGAAAAGGUGUCGGCUUCUAUCAAAAUCAAUGGAGUUGGGAGAUUCUGGGGGUGGAAUUCUCUAUUGGAUGUCUCGUGAACAAAGAGUGCAAGACAAUUGGGCAUUACUUUAUGCACAGAGAUUGGCUUUAAAAAUGAAACUUCCUUUACACAUUUGUUUUUGCCUGGUUCCAACGUUUCUUGGUGCAACCAUUCGACAAUUUGGAUUCAUGCUGAAAGGUCUAGAAGAAGUGGAGACUGAAUGCCAGAAACUAAAGAUAGAAUUCCAUUUGCUCAAAGGAGAAUCUCAAAUUUGUGUGCCAGACCUUAUUAAGAAAUUGAAACUGGAUGCUGUUGUGGCUGAUUUCUCGCCUUUGAGAGUUCCCCUCUCAUGGAUUGAUAAAGUCAAGGAAAGCAUUCCCAAAGAUGUCCCCUUUUGCCAGAUAGAUGCGCACAAUAUUGUUCCUGUUUGGGUAGCUUCUGACAAACAAGAAGUUGGAGCGAGAACUAUCCGAAAAAAGAUUAACGAUAAAUUGGAUGAAUUUUUAACCGAAUUUCCUCCAGUCAUAGCACACCCGCACCCAGCCAAAACAAAAGCAAAAUCAGUAGACUGGAAGGCAGCAGAUGCUUACCUUGAAGUUGAUCGUACGGUUGGUGAAGUAGAUUGGAUUACGCCGGGAACGAAAAGUGGCCUACAAGAAUUGUUCAAUUUUUGUCAAAAGCGUUUAAAGAUGUAUGCGGAAAAACGGAAUGACCCCAACUUAGCUGCGCUGAGCAACUUGUCCCCGUGGUUACACUUUGGUCAAAUUUCGGCUCAGCGUUGCAUUCUAGAGGUUAAGGGAUAUAAGACCAAACACGCUAAAAGUGUAGAUGCUUAUAUGGAAGAAACUAUCAUUCGACGUGAGCUAUCGGACAACUUUUGUUUCUAUAAUCCCAAUUACGAUAAUUUGAAAGGUGCGGCGAACUGGGCUCAGGAAACGUUGGAAGUUCACAAGAAAGAUAAACGUCCUGCGCUACUUAGUGCGCAACAGUUGGAAGAGGGCAAGACUCACGACGAUCUCUGGAACGCUUCUCAAAUUCAACUAACAAGAACUGGCAAAAUGCACGGCUUUCUGAGGAUGUACUGGGCCAAAAAAAUCCUGGAAUGGACAGAAACGCCGGAAGAAGCUCUGAGAAUCGCCAUAUAUCUGAACGAUCGAUACAGUUUAGAUGGGAGAGAUCCGAGCGGUUACGUUGGUUGCAUGUGGUCCAUCUGUGGUAUCCAUGACAUGGGAUGGAAGCAACGAGAUGUCUUUGGGAAAAUUCGCUACAUGAACUACAAAGGUUGUCAGCGAAAAUUUGACGUUGUGGCGUUCGUUCAUCGUUUUGGUGCAAGAGCCUACCCCAUUAAAGGCGUAAAGUAUGACUGAGUGCAUAAGUAUGCUUGUGCGGAUCUCCACUGCCGUAAUUAUUUAAAUUCACCCAUUUUAAUUUAUACGAUGCGGAUAUUCUUUUAAAUCCAGAUCAUAAAUACUGCAGAAAUUCAUUGUA